AUGUUACUUACUGGAAAAGACUCAUACGGGAUACAUGAGUUAUUUAUUUCUUCAAAGAAACAAGAAUGCAAUAAACAAGAACAGCUUAUAGUCCAAGACCAGUCAAAAAUAACUGGACUUAUGGAAAACUUAAAGCCUAGGAAAAAAAAGAAAGGCCUUGAAAGAACCGUUAGUGCUGUUGUUAAAUCUUUGUCAUAUUCAGUUCGUGUUUCAGUCAAAAAGCGGCGUGUGAUCAAAACACUUUUUUGCCUUGUUCACGGAAAUCCUCUUAAAGCCGUUUUAUCCGAUAUACCGUUGCAUAUAUUAGAGAAAUCUUUUGAGGAAAAGUGUGAGAGCAAAAUACCUCAUACUAUGGAAAGUAAAAUGUUUCCAUAUGAUGAAGAAGCAACACAGAUGAUCAUUCUUGAAAAUAACGAGGAAAGGGGGAUAUUGUUGUUGAAAUCCCAACCGAAUUAUCCGGAUACUCCUCUUGCACAACAGUAUCCGGAUACUCCUCUUGAACAGCAAGUUCCCACCUGCGAGGAUAUAGCUCCUUAUAAGUGGACUGGUCAUAUUGAAAAAGUUCUUAAAUAUUUUGAAGAUAACCUGGACCUAUCCACUAGAACUAUCAAUGGUGGAACAGAUCUCGUCUUAGUAGAAAGUAGUUAUAUCAAGAGCAAAAUGUUAGAGUUGGGAAUUCAUGCAACAAUUGAAUUAAAAAAAAAAUUGAAAGAUGGAGAUUACCGGCAGGCUAUCCUCCAAAUGAUAGUAGCCGAUACCAGUGAUGUGCACUUGGAAGAUUGGAAGCACCCUUGGAAGCACUUUCGGAAGGGUUGGAAGCAUAAUUCUCUAAUAAAUACAUUGGAUUGGAAGCUUCCAACAAAAUUUUAUACUAUUGGAAGCAAAAAUGCACAUCACUGGCCGAUACCCUUACAAAUAAAGACAUAA